AUGUCUGGUUUUUCUUGCAGACGAAAGACAAUAAGUUUAAAUUGGGUAGAUAUUUUGUUCAUUUAACUAAAAAUUAAGUUUUAACCAGAAAAGAUCGUUAGAACGGGAAAUUGUAAAAUGUUUCAAACAAAUAUAUUUAGAUUAUUUUAAGGUUGAUUCUUUUUGAAGAGUUUUCAGUUUGUAUACUCGAUUAAUGAGUGAAUUAAAGUAUACGACUGACCGAGUCAAGUCUCAGACGAGUUAGUACUAGUACUAGUAGACUAGUAGUCAUUGUAGACUUAUGUUAAUUUUUAAAUAAUUCUAUUCUAUAUAUUAUAUCAUGGCCUACUAUUUUAAACUAAAAAUUACUAUUAAAUAUUUUAACUAUGAAUUUGGUUUAUUUUAUCAAUGGUAUAUAUUGUUAAGUAAAGUAAUGAUAAAGCUUAUACUUAUACUUCUUACUUAUUACUAAUACUAUCACUAUCAUUUGUAUCCAUUUAUUUUUAAUAAUGUUUAAUACUUUUUAAUUACUUUACUUAACUUAACUACUAAGACUUUAUUUUAAAAUUUUAAUUAAUUUACAUUUUUUAUUUAAAAAAUACUUUCAUUAUUUAAAUUAUUUAAAUUAAAAUAAUUAAAAAUACUGUACAGUACAUAUUUUUUUUUUUAAAAGAAAGGAACAUUUAAACAAUUUUACAAGUAAACUUAUUAAAGUAAAGCUAAUUUAUUAAUUUUACAGAUUAUCCAGUUUUUAUUUUGAAGAAGAAAAGGUAAAAUAAAAUAAAUAAAAUUUAAGAUGACGGGGGAUAGUAACAUAAUGAGUUUGCGAGCUCCACCUGAUAUAAAACAUAAACACAAUUGUUCGCCUAUUAUGACGUAAGUAAACUGUAUUUGUAACUGUUUCUUUAAUAUCCUAUUUUCUUGUUGCAUGCAGUUAUAGUUAGCAUAUUUUAAUAGUUAUAGUUAUAUGCUAUUUUUACUGUCAGUAAAGACAUGGUGCAGUUCAUAUAAUUCUUUACAACACUUUACUUUUAAUCUUUUCCUAUUAAAAUAAUUGGCUCAUACAAGUGAAAACGCAAAGAAGAAACUGUAAAAACUAACUUUAAGCAUUCUUUGCGUGAUAUGGAUGCGUCGGGCGCUUUCUGGCCCAUUACGGUAGUAGCAAAAAAAAAGGGUGUGGGGCAGAAGGUCGCAUAAAAUUAUUGUAAAAACUCGAAUUAACGUGGGGUCCCCUCCACUCCACUAUAUAUGUGAAUCUAAAUUAAUAAUGUUUAAUCACUAUAGGCAUCACAUAUUUGACUAUGAGUACACUGACGAUAACACUGUCAAGUUCGAAUGUCUACUGAACCAUCACUACGUGUCUGGUGAGCUCACUAGUACGUGCUUAGAUAAUGGAACAUGGACCAACCCUAGUGGGAUUGUCUGUGAAGUGGAUUACUACAUGUAAGUAUUGAAAUGAUUGUUUCAGAUCUACCCGACUAACAAAAUUAUCGCUGGACCCUUUAACGUUAUCAGUUUCCCGAAAGCAGUAGCAAUACAAGAUACAACUAUUUCGUCAACAUAAACAUUUUCGUUUGUCAAUGUACCUGUUUGGGUGCAACAUAGCUCAUAGCAAUAUGACUAAAUAUCCCAGAAUACUGCAGGCCUCUACCUGUCAUCUGAGACAUUACUGGGGGUGAUAUUUUUAUAGUUUAAAAAUUUUGCAUAAAGUGUCUUAAAUAGCUUAAGUCUAAAACGAAAGUAGAUCAAACAUCUUCAAGUAAACAAGAAAAAACAAAAUCGUAGAUAUGAAACAGUAAGAUACUUGAUUAGAUUCAAAUCAAUGGAAAUGUGUUUUGAUUACAUUGUACAUUUUCAUAAGUAAUUAUAUCCAAUCUUGACUAUUUUCGAGUGGUUAUCUGCAAUCUCUCUUUCACACUUGUGUCAAACUCAAGGCCCGCGUCACACAUCCGGCCCGCCGUACAAUUAUACCAGGCCCACGAGGUCUUGACCAGCGUAUAAUUAUAUUCAAGUUAACGCUAGGGUGUUUCCCAAUGCACACUUUGUUGAAAAACUUAGCUUACUUUAUUGACUUUCAAGCACAUAAAUGUAAUUUCGAGCCGUUUAGUAACCCAUUUGUUAUAGACGUGGACACUGCACCUGUAAAUUUGCAGAUGGAGCUAACAGAACUGCAUUUUAAUGGGACACUAAAGGCAAAGUACGACACUGUUGACCUGCUCAGUUCACUCGUUUCAUUCCGAAGAGAUGCCCCCAGCCUUAUCGAAAUGCGGCUCGAACCAUGAACAUGUUGGGUAGCACAUAUACAUGUGAGCAGUUGUUUUCUGUGAUUAAGAUUAACAAGAUACCACACAGGAGUCGUCUCACUAAUGAACACUUGCAGUCCAUCAUGAGAAUCUCAAUGACACAGAACGUUACUCCCAACAUAACCGAACUUACUUGUUUCUGUAAACUUGGAAACGUGUCAAACAUCCAGCUCUGACAAACUAGCAUAGGAACGAAAAUGGGCAUGCCAAUGAUUUUUAAUUAUUAAACCUUUUUUUUUUCAUUUGUAUAAAUUUUUUUUAAAAAUAUUAAUUUCCCGCUUAUUGAAUGUUUAUCCUGUUCGGCCCGCAACCUUACAUAUGAUUUGAGUUUUUGCCCGCCAAGCGAUUGAGUUUGACACCCCUGCUCUAGCAGGUCCCAUGGGACAAAAAUUCUUAACCUACUCAAAAGUGAGCAGUAUAUUAACAUGGAAAUACGCAUGUUCGUCGAAGAUAUAACUUUAUUUGACUCGAUCCAUUGCAAAUCCACCUUUGCCCGUAAAACAGCUUGGGUUCGUAAACAUGUUGCAAUAUAAACGAGAUUGUUUAUUUUUUCACGUUUACACGCACAAUUAAUACCUGGCAACCCUUCCAAUUUUGUCGGAACUAUCCGGAUUAUUUACCUUCUCAUUCCGACCUUCCAACAAACUCCUAAAAAGUCCGAUUUUCCGAAUAUUAUGAUUUUUUCACCCGUCAUAAAAAAUGCGGAAGGGACAAAAGAACAAACAAUCAAAGACAAAACAAUCGGUUACGACAGGAAGUGGUGCAUUUCGAUGAUGCCACUUCCUUUGUUUUUACUGAGUGUCUACAUGUCCGGCGACCGGGCGAAUACGUUCUCAAGAUAUUCGUCCCGCUAUUAUAUUUUCGACCACGUCACAUGACCGCCGCAACAAAAUUGUGCGAGAUAAUUGUCCGUCAGCCUCGUUACGUGACCGCUAAUAGUCGAUCAGAGUUUACGGUACUUCAUUUCAACACAUUCAAUAUAGUCUGGGCAUUAACAUGAAAAAGAAAUACGUUCAUUUCUACAAUAUAAAUACUAGAACCAUUGCUGGUAUAUAUAAUGUACAAAUGGUUAAAAUGUGACAAUAUUAAAAUGUGACAUGCCCGCCGGAUGAAUAAAUCCGAAACCAUUUGUUAGGUCACCAGAGACACUGUCUUGUUUUUAUCGAAGCGAACCGCGACCUCCAAAUCAUUUUUCAAUCGUCAAUUGAUCCGAUCGGCAUUCAUCCUUUUACUAGGCUAAAAAAUAAUUCAGUUGUGUUUUUUUAAGCUUUUCUUAAUUAAAUGAAUAAAUCUAUUGAAAAUGGUCGGUACAAUGAUAUUAAUAACCAUAUUUUAACACCCCCCCAAAAAAAACAAAAAAAAACAACAAACAAACAACAAAAAAACAACUGCAGAAAAGCAGGUGAAUCUACCACAUCCAUGUCUAAUCAGAUCGGAAGUUUUUUUUAACGGAUUCUUAUAGAAGGAAAUAUUUAUCAAGCCAACUCCGAUCGUUUUAAUGCCAGAGUCAAAGAAAUGUUUCCAGACUCCCGGAUUGCUAGAAGAUUGUAAAUAAAAAUUACAAUGAAACAAAGGCAAGCAUGAAAGUUGAUACUCGUUCUAACUUGUUUGUAACUAAAAAUACCAUCAGUUGUAAUUCUAGCCUUCUAUUGUCCAUAGAGCUGUUACGCAAGUGCAAAAACGGCCACUAGGGAUAUGUUGGAAAACUCAAUUUAAAACUGAACUAUUAGCAGCCUGUGUACAUAUGUAAAUAAAAUGGAUAUUCUGUUCUGUAUAUAUCUGUAGGCCUAUAUAAACAUUUCCUUAUAAUUUUCGUUGAUAAAAUCAAAAAACUUUUAAACUAAUCAUAAGUCUAACGUGCGGGUCGACAAAUGUACUUCGGCCUGCGGUCCGUUCUAGAAUAUCGUACCAGCAAACUUCAUUUACAGCAGGCUAUGAAUAAUGCGCUGCCCACUCUUUAGCUAAAAUUUUCUGUUGUUUACAAGGAGUUGCAAUCAUCCCCACAAAUUUUCAAAUAUUUUGUACAUGGUUUCACAGUCACACAAAGAUCACUCAUUGAGUUGCUUAUAGCCUUUUUUCUGGCUCAUCUCUAAUUGUAGAACCAAUACUAAAGAAAGCAUUCUCUGAAGAGUCGAUUUUAAUUUUUUUUUUAAAUUUAAGUUUAAAGAGAAUGCUGAUGCACAGAUAAUUGCGUUUGACAAACAUUUAUUUCUCAGAAGAAUGAAUUGGUAUACUAUAGAAAUAAUUUCCAAAUAAUGGCAUCUGAAUCGCAGCAAACUGGCCGAUUUAGUUAGCAGUAAACAUGCAGUUUUCGCAUGAAACUAUUUAGUAAAAUCAUAUCAUGCAAACAUAAUUUGAUCCAUUAUGUUAUGAUAUAUAUUACAUAAAGGAUAGAAUUGUGAAAAUCGAUAUAUAUAGCUUGACAUACAUCAUGUUGAUACCCCAUCCAAUCAGGCAACGUUACCGGUUAGCUGCAUUAAUAGUGGCCAUAACCGUCGUGUUCUCAGCUGUCUUCCUGGGUUAUGACUUCAUCACCUAUAGAUGUCACUAGUACGUCCUGAUAUUUCAUUGGUUUUUUUUUUUUUUUUGUUUGUUAUAUCUGUUUUUAAUAUUUUAAAUUACUUUGUAUAACCGAUUUCAUGUCACAUUCCUUGUUCCAUUGAAAUAGGUUGUUUGUUUUUUUGUUUUGUUUUUAAAUUUAAUUUAUUUUUAUAUCCUGUUUAUAAAUGUUUCUGUGUUUUUUGUUCGUAAAAUUCUAGACAGACGUGUUCUAUAAUUUUGUUAAAAUUAAUUAUCUUCUUAUUGUAAAUGUAAACUGCCAUUUAUGUUAGGGGUUCAACAAUUUUUUUAAAAAAAUGUAUAUAUAUAUUUAUUAGCAUAUCAUCUCUUUGAUUGUAGACUAUAUGAUUACGGGUGAUUGGUUUGCACUGUAAGUAAUAAUUGACCAAAAAGUAAUCAUAAUCAGCUAGUAAUUUAAUUUAUAAAAAGCCUUGCAUAAUAUAACACUCUAGCUCUGAUCUUUUUUUACAACUUCAUUAUGAAAGUUUAGCAACCAGCCGGGUGUCAUUGUGUGCAGUGUUUCUUUCAGAAAUUUUCUCCCUGAAGGGCACUUUAGAUUUUCGGGUGGGGGGAGGGGGCCACCAGAUUUUUCGGGGGGGGUGGCAGUGCCAGCAGUUCCAGUUGAUUUUUUGUUGGAUAUAUUUUUGCUCAGGGGGGGGGGGGGGGGGGCGGGCCCUUUGGUUUUCCCCCCCCCCCCCCCCCCCCCCCCCCGAGAUAUAGCUGAAAGAAACCCUGAUUGUGUGUAAAAUAUCACAAGAAUGGUAGGUAACAGCGUAGCAAUGAUCUGAAGCGUCAUAACCAGAAAUAACAUGUAAUCAUUUUUUUUUUAAUGUUUUUUCUUUAAUUCUUUAUUGGAUUUUUGUCAAUUCAAGUACUCUUAUUUUUUGUAUUUAGUGUCCGACUACGCAAAACUUAUCGCGCCCGACUUUAUGCACAGGGACCGCUAGCUAUUUUGUAAGUAUACUUCCAUAUACAUAGGAUACUUUUUCUUAUUUAACAUUAUCUCUACUAUGGUGAUAACGGUAUGCCUUUUUUCCCGUUGGUCGACAUAGAUUGUCUGUUCUGAAAUAUACUGAAUUUUUCCACCUCUCUCUUUUUUAAAUAUCUCCUGCAGUAGUGUCGAAAUCUGACCAUUCAUGUGUUUCCGAUACCAUGAAAAAAGCUACUGUUAACUUUUUAGGUCAUAAAAUGUAUCACAGCCACGGUGAUGGGUAAAGGAUGAUUAAAUCAACGUAUUGAGACAUUUACUUUUAGGUCUUUUCGGUCGAUCCUUACAUAAUUGUCAUUAGUCACCAUGAAAAUAGUUCUUUUAUAGUGGUGUAUUGUAUGUUAACUUUAAAAUCUAAAUGCCAGAUGUAAAAACGAGUAUAUUAAAGAUGAGAUGUGUAUAGAGCAAGAUUUCUCGGCCUGUGGUGCUCACACCAAGUGGCACGUGGUGGCAUUUCAGUAGGUGCGAGGAAAGUUGGUUAUGAGUACAAAGGAGAGACAUUGUAUAGCGUUUGAGAUGUCAUAUGAAUAUGUAUUCAUUUUUAAAGAAAUUUCUUCAUUAACAUUUUCCUUAAUAGAGUACGUCACACAAGUUUAUUAUGAAAGUGUUACCGUUCUCUUUGCAAUUCAAUAAUAAAUGAGAAGUCCAUUAUUUUCAAUUUUUAUAAUGGAUUGUUAUGUGUGUAGGGGGCACGAGACUUUUUUAAAUAAUUAAAAGUGGUUGCGAGCAUAGUCAAAUAAUUCGUAGAACUGCAUAGUAUAGAAAAGGUGGGGAAAAACUGGUAUAGCAAUUAUACACCAAUAAUAGACAUAUGUUUAUUACAUAUCUCACCUUAAUUUAAAUUCAUAAAUAAAUCUAUAAAGGUGUGAUGGAGCUAUUUACCUGAUACAGCACAAAACAUUUUAUUUGACGAGACCAAUUUAGUUUAUAUAUAUAUAUUUAGUUUUAGUGUUCGGAGUUUAUCAUAACAAUUCUUUACAUAGGAAAGAGUCCUACUGUGGUGUGAUAAUUAAAUUUUUCAGUCAAUUGUUCUUUGAAUCAAUGUUUAAUUUUUUAUGAGUAUUUUUAAGAUAACCCAUAAUAAAUUGCAUUACAUUUUUGUUGUUGUUGCUUUACCCAAUUUUAUUAAAUGUUUGUUUACAUUCAUCUCUUCCUCCCCCCUCCCCCCGUCUACUCUGGAUCGAUUGUUGGUGUUUCUAAGUGACUUUGAAAAGUCAAGAGCAAAGGAAGUACUGACUGAUCGUCUGUAAGUAUCACUACUUGGUGAACGAACAGUGAUACGUGUUGUUCGUUGCCCUUAGUUAUCGUAUCUGAAAUGAAUAAUUCUAUUUUCGGUUAGUACGCAGGUAACUUGACAUUUAUAGCUGUGCCUAAAAGCCUAGACAAGCACACAAAAAACAACAACAAAAAGCAAACAAACAACAACAGCACCCCAGGGGGAUGGGACCCGUUAACCUUGGAUGGCAACUCAUCUAAGAGAAGAAAAACUCUGACAUUUAACCCCGGAGAUGGUGUCCCGUAGGUGUUAUUAUAUUGACACAAUGAAAAUUCCGACAACUCCUGCGAUGUAGAGCGCAUGAGAGCACAGUGAGACACAAGAAACACCGAUGGUGAUCCACCGAAUCCUGGUCUAUUUCCAGUCGUCUUGACUAAGUCUUGCCAUUGGAACAAAUGGGCACGGACGAGAGAGUGGGGCUGAUGAAGGGAGCAACUCUCCCUCACUUGAAACAAAAUACAGCUCUAGUCAAUGCUAUUACACCGAUGUAGGACACAUGUGUCAUUGGAUCAUAAAAAGAUUGGAGGCGAUUCUACUUUUCCUUGAUUACGAGCUUUCUCUGGGCGUCAGUGAGACAUUUACUCUCUGAGGAUGGAGCUCCAACAUUGAGUCUGCUUCAUCAACUUGUGCAAACCUGAUAUCUUUAUACCUUUGAGUGGAUAAUUCAUUGAUUAUAUUUCUACGAGUAUUACUCAAUGGAGGUAUCACUUAGUUUAUCAGGAUAGUAUGCCAAAAAAGACAGCAGCGGGGAUAAAAUAAGUAUCUAUAUAUUUACAUUUUAUGCAUAACAGUAAGACGCAUGUGUCCCAUAAUUCCUAAAAUACAUUAUCGUGAACAGCAUAAGAAGAAAACCAAUAAUGAGUUCUAUUUAUAAGCUAUAAUGCAGAGUUCCUAAAGUUCUUUUAAAUAAUCAAAUAUAUAUAAUAAUAUAUUAUUAACCACAAGUAAUAUUUCAUUGCAACUCUUAAUUCGAUAAAAUCAAACUAUUUUAUUUUAUUUUCCUCCUCUAUUCCACAGCCCAAACAGGCGCUUUAGUAGAAUUAAUAAAUUCACGUAAGUAUAUGACUUUAGUAAGGAGAAAUCGUUUUUAAAAUGUAUUAUAGUUUUCGGAGGUAUAAUGUGCGGAGGUAUUAUGUGCAAAAUUUCCUUUUUUACCUGUGAACUUACAAAAUAUUAUUUUACUAUUAACAAUGACUUUUUGAGGCCCCCUACCACUUUUCGGUUGUGUCCCCUCUGUAUUCAUAGUUGAUAGUUCAUUUUUUCCCUCAUAUUAUAACUUUGGGUCCCUUAAAUAGUCGAGGGCCCCCCCCCACCCCCACACACACACAGCCACAAGGGUUGCAGGACCAACGCCGCGGCUCUGAUCGCCAUGCAAGUUUGACCACAUAAGGCUGAUUCUUGUGUGUCUUCUAUUCUCACAGAGAUAGCAGAGGCAGAUUGGUUUCUACCUACAGCCUGUUUGCUGACCUGAGCAUCACAACAGGGUAACCUCAUUUUUACCAUUUCUUUCCACAACACAUGGUCAUUUGCACGUGAUUAAUUAGUAAUAAUGUACGAACACAUCGUACUGUGUUUACACGAGAGAACCUCUGUCUCCACCUUGAGAUUAUUAAAAAUAAGUUAAGUCUUGCAUUCUCUACAUUUAGAUUAUCAUAACCCAGGUAAGUCUUACAGUCUCUACAUUUGGAUUAUCAUACUACAGAUAAGUCUUAGAGUCUCUACAUUUGGGUUAUAAUAAUACAGAUAAGUCUUAGAGUCUCUACAUUUGGACUAUCAUAAGCAAGAUAACUCUUACAUUAAAAGUCUCUACUUCAUUUAAUCUAGAUAAGUUUUACAGUCUCUAAAUUUAGAUUAUCAUAAUCCAGAUAAGUUUUACAGUUUCUACAUUUAGAUUAAUCAUAAUCAAGAUAAGUCUGAAGAAAUAUACACAGGUUAGAGCAAAAACUGAAGAAGGACAAUACAAAAAUGUUUAGUGUGACUGUUCAAUGUGAUCAUUCCAUGAAAACUUAAUAGUGAAAAAGAUUAUUUGUACUUUUUGUCAUUUGGCCUCCUUUCUCUUUAUUACAAGAUUAUUAUCACACUCCUAAAUUAUGUCAUAUAAACAUAGUUGCACUAAUGUUUAGGUUAUUUAAGGGAGAACAAGUUAUUGCAUACAAAAGAUUUAUCUGAACUUUUAAAGUUGUUUCUUGGUUUCCAGCAUUGAUAGUGGAUUUUCAGUUUUAUAUAGGCCUAUAUUUUGUUAAUCUUGCUACUGACACCUUAGUGAAAAAGUGAAGUCUCACUUCCACAAUCAUUAGUAGACCAAACACUUAUUUUUAAAAAAUAUAUAAAUCACCCAGAGAGGUGUUAUCUAGCUGCACAACUUAAUCAUUCACACGUUGGAUAUAUUCAAAUUAAGAAGUAUUGACAGAAUCUUUGUCAAUUUUUACUUACCAUUACCCCAAUUAUUUUUAAAUGCACCAAGAGACACCUCAGGGCAAAGAGGAUAGGUUGUAUUUUAAAACUAGAUAACUUUGUUGUAGAAAGGAUGAUGUGGGUAAUGCAAAUGUGAUGGGUUGUGAUGAGAGAUAAAAAAACUAAUGGUGAUAUAUCAAAAACUGGUUUCACGUUUCAACAUAGAACACACCAGUUAAGGCACACAUAAUUAUAUUAAGAGUACACAAAAUAUGUGUAAUGUUUAAAUAUUAAUAUGUAUCAUUAUUUUUUAGUUUAAAUCUCAAUUUUUAUCCUUCCUUCUUUGUUUAAAUCUCAGUAUGUAUCCUUCAUUCUCUAUUUAAAUCUCAAUAUGUUAAGUUUUCUUUGUUUUAAUCUCAGUAUGUAUCCUUCAUUCUCUCUUUAAAUCUCAAAGUGUAAAUUUUUCUUUGUUUAAAUCUCAAUAUGUUAAUUUUUCUUUGUUUAAAUCUCAAUAUGUUAAUUUUUCUUUGUUUAAAUCUCAGUAUGUAUCCUUCAUUCUCUCUUUAAAACUCAAUAUGUAAAUUUUACUCUCUUUAAAUCUCAGUAUUUAUCCUUCAUUCUCUCUUUCAGUCUCAAUAUGUUAAUUUUUCUUUGUUUAAAUCGCAGUAUGUAUCCUUCAUUCUCUCUUUAAAUCUCAAUAUGUUAAUUUUACUCUCUUUAAAUCUCAGUAUUUAUCCUUCAUUCUCUCUUUAAGUCUCAAUAUGUUAAUUUUUCUUUGUUUAAAUCUCAGUAUGUAUCCUUCAUUCUCUCUUUAAGUCUCAAUAUGUUAAUUUUACUCUCUUUAAAUCUCUGCAUGUAUCAUUAUACUUUCUUUUUAAAAAUUGAAGUAUGUAUACUUCUUAUCUGUGUUUAAAUCUCAGUGUGUUUCCUUUUCUGUGUUCAAAUGUCUAUACCCGGCAUUCUUUUUUUGUUUCAAUCUCAGUAUGAAUUUUUACUUCUUUGUUUAAAUCUCAAUAUGUAUCAUUAUUUCUUUAUUUAAAUCUCAGUAAUUAUUCCUAUUUCUUUGUUUAAAUCUAAUUAUGCAUUCUUUUUUCUUUGUGUACAUCUCAAUAUGUAUCAUUCUUUCUUUGCUUCAAUCUCAAUAUGCAUCAUUCUUUCUUUGCUUCAAUCUCAAUAUGUAUCAUUAUUCCUUUAUUUAAAUCUCAGUAUGUAUCAUUCGUUCUUUGUCUAGAGGCUCUAGUGAAGCAUCGGACUCUACCAAGUAAGUGUUGAUCAUAUUUUAGACUAACUGAAUGGAAUAGAUGAAUGUGUUGAUUAAAUUAGUGAAUAAGCCACAAUGACUGUCCUCUAUUUGCUCUGUUUUAUCAUUUAUUGUUAUUUCAGCGAUGAUCUCACUCUUGUUUGCUUUAUCGAAUUCCACUGACUGAUUAGUCUAUGCUAGUCUUUGACAUAUAACUCAAUGCCAAAUUCAUAUCAGUUUGGACUGUUAUAAUGACACUUUGUGUCAUUUUUAAAUAGAGGAUAUUGUUCUUGAAAUGAGCAUACUUUUCAACGUUCAGCUACACUAAAACUAAGUUUUAAGUAUGCUAAGAUCACUGACUGUUUUGUCACUUGCAUUUCUUGCAUUUCGAUAGGAGGACACGAGAUUACUACCAGCCAGGAUCAAGGUCAGUUAUCAACAUUCAAUCUUUUGCUCCUUUUGUUUAUAGAAAACUUGUAACAUGCAUGUGCAUAAAUUAUGUAAUCACUUAUGUGGGGCAUUGAAUGGUAGAGGAUAUCUGGUCGAGCCUUUGCUUGGCGACAUCUACCUGGUUAACUUAACAUGGUAUGCAUAACUAUGAUGAAAUAUUUGACUAUAGAGUGUUUGAGGCUUGUGUAGUACUUUAUGUGUCGCUGUUUUGGCAUGCAUUUUCCGCUAUUUGUAGUGGCGUGUAUAGUCCACAUGUUAAUUGAACUUAGAAAAUACAUUUAAAAAACUGUUUUGCCAAAUACUGGAGGAGACUUUGUUUCUUUUUGUGUUUCUUAUUUCUUUCCUUAUCUUUUACAGUGCAAUGCCCUCACUACGUCGGACAGUGUCGGCUCCUUACGGGUGGGUCUUUCAUUUCCUAAAAUAA